GGCGACGGGCCUCUUGUACGCAUGCGCGGAUUUGGAGGCUUCCCUUGCGGCGAAUAGUGGAAAAUGGCGGCGGCUCAGGCAGUGGAGGAAAUGCGGACUCGCGUGGUUCUAGGAGAGUUCGGGGUUCGCAAUGUCCAUACCACUGACUUCCCCGGUAACUAUUCGGGUUAUGAUGAUGCUUGGGACCAGGACCGCUUCGAGAAGAAUUUCCGUGUGGACAUAGUACAUAUGGAUGAAAAUACAUUGGAGUUCGACAUGGUGGGGAUUGAUGCUGCCAUUGCUAAUGCUUUCCGGAGAAUUCUGUUAGCUGAGGUGCCAACAAUGGCUGUGGAAAAGGUUCUGGUGUACAAUAACACAUCCAUUGUCCAGGAUGAGAUCCUUGCUCACCGCCUGGGACUCAUCCCCAUUCUUGCUGAUCCUCGUCUUUUUGAAUAUCGGAACCAAGGGGAGGAGGAAGGAACUGAGAUAGACACUUUGCAGUUUCGGCUGCAGGUCAGGUGUACCAGGAACCCCAGUGCUGCUAAGGAUUCCUCUGACCCCAAUGAACUCUAUGUGAACCACAAAGUAUAUACCAGGCAUAUGACAUGGGUCCCCUUGGGAAACCAGGCUGAUGUCUUCCCGGAGGGCACAAUUCGCCCAGUGCACGACGACAUCCUCAUUGCUCAGCUUCGGCCUGGCCAGGAGAUUGACUUGAUUAUGCACUGCGUCAAGGGCAUUGGCAAAGAUCAUGCCAAGUUCUCACCGGUGGCAACAGCCAGCUACAGGCUCCUGCCAGACAUCACUCUGCUUGAACCUGUGGAAGGGGAGGCGGCUGAGGAGCUGAGCCGCUGCUUCUCCCCGGGUGUGAUUGAGGUUCAGGAAGUACAAGGUAAAAAGUUGGCCAGGGUUGCCAAUGCUCGGCUGGAUACCUUUAGCAGAGAAAUCUUCCGGAAUGAGAAGCUGAAGAAGGCUGUGCGGCUUGCCCGGGUCCGGGACCAUUAUAUCUUUUCUGUUGAGUCCACUGGAGUGUUGCCGCCAGAUGUGUUGGUGAGUGAAGCUAUCAAGAUACUGAUGGGGAAGUGCCGGCGGUUCCUGGAUGAACUAGACGCGGGCCAGAUGGACUGAGGCUUCCACAGCACUUCUGGGAUGGUCUCAUUUUCAGUCAAUACAUUUUAUUAAAUGUGCCACAGACUAAGACUUCUGCCUUUGUAAGGCCUUUGAUGUAAAUAAAUUGAUAUACUAGGAAAA